CCCCUUCCCUCUCGGUGCCCUACGCCACUGUUUGUGUUUAUCGUGUCGAACGCUGCAGAAGGGAAGAGAAGAUGUAGAUCGCAUCCCCGGAAAGGAGAGAUUUCACUCUUUGGCGAUGUCCGCGAAGCUGGGAGGCAUGAAGCUGCAGCCGAGUCGGGGCUGGGAGGCGUAUAUUUUGGUUUGCCUGGCCAUUCUUUUGUCGGGCACGGUUGGAGCAUCCCUCGUCAGAGGUGAAGAUGGCCCGGUUACGAUGUCUCUUGAGUAUUACAACCCAGCGAAUCAAAGCACUUGGGUUUUCGAUAUACUUAACCCUCUAUCGACUAAAGCGAUCUACGUGCAAUCUACACCAUUCGAUGUUGUCUUUUACACCUUCCAAGCCCACUCGUACUUGCAGAAUAUUUCCUUGUCAUACAACAGUACACUCAUUGAUCACAGUCAUGUAAAUGGCACAAACUUGGGCCUAGUAUGGAAAACUAAACAAGGUGCAGGUACAUUCUAUGUGACCAAUUCGAACCUUGAGAAUGUUACUGUGAUGUACGCUAUCGUCGCAUAUGGAGCCUAUUCGCCUGUGCCGGGUGGAUGUAACAUGGAGUUUGAAGUUGAAACGGCUCCCUAUCUGAAAGUUGGGUACAAUAAUGCUAUGAUCCAAGUGGAUUUCCAGCCAGCACAGUAUCCUGGUGCGUCUUGCACCAGUGAAGCUGUGACACAUGAUGUGUACCAUAUGUUUAUGUAUGAAAGAGAAUUUUCAGAAGAGGCAUAUUUCCUUGCCAUCCAAGAUAUGCUCAUUCCAAGUGGUGCCAUUGCCAAUGGAUUAUUGGCUCCAGUCCCGGUGUACGGCUCUGUAAUGAGAAGGUUGUUCAGCUUGUAUGCAGGCACAGGCUCUGUAUAUGUUGUGGUAGCGCAAACCCUCACUGGAGCGUCAGCUUAUGUACCUGCCGUGACUUACGGUUGCAGUUCUGUGUAUUUCUCAGACUCCUGCACAGUCCUUUCUACAACAUUUUCCAAAGUUCUAUGUGCCUGUGUGCUAUUCCUUGGACUUUUUGCGUGUUUUGGAGGACACACCUUUUUUCGGUCGCAAGUCUUUCUGGCUGGCUUCCUGUCAGGAAGUCUUUUGGCUUAUGUAGGACUGACCCAAUGGACUCCUCUUCCCUUCGGUUCCGGAGUGACCCUUUCUUGCGUGGUAGGCCUGGGCGUAGGUGUGCUCUGUCUGCUGCUUUGGUACCUGUGUGGCAUUCCCGUGAUUGCCAUCCUGCAUUUGGUCAUUCCACUGGGAUUCCUGGUUGCGUCUAUUGUAUUCUAUGCUGGACUUGGUGACUUCCAGUUUGCCCAGCUGGACCUGGACUUCUGGCUGACGUUCCUGGUGGUCAUGCUGACCGUGGUGGUGUUGAUGGUGCCGCUGCUGGCCAACGCCAGCAUGGUGUCGUGCGCCGUGGUGGGCGCGUACACUGCCGUGGUGCCCCUGGACCACUACCUGGGCUCCAACCUCAAGUACAUCGUCAUCAACACCCUGCGGCGCGCGUCGGUGCCGGGCUUCUCGCUGGCCGUCAUCCACCCGCCCUUCCAGGCCACCGACGGCAUGCUGGUGCUAGCGUGGGCCCUGCUGGCCGUCAUCGGCCUCCGCUCGCAGCAGAUUCGGCAGACGGGGCGGCCGCCCUUCCCGCCCUCGUCCCGGGGCCCGCCGCCCCUGUCGCUGCCCAGUGGCCUGACGGGCAGGACGGGCACGGCGGCCACGGUGCGCACCCCCAUCCGCGUGGCGUCGCGCAUCCCCUACCGCUACGGCUCGGUGGGCGACGACGACGUGUUCGAGACGCCGCCCGGCCAGGCCGCCCAGGGCGGCUCGGUGCCGCGCGCCGUCAUGGACUGGUUCGGCUCCGGCUGUGGACUCCGCGGCCGAUGAGCGCCACCACACUGGGGUCCCAGAGCGUCCCGCAGCGUGGGCACACUGGCAGGGCACUUCAGGCAUCCAGCGCCCGGGCCGCCUCAAUCAAUUCUGUGAUAGGAUCCGUCUUAAACCAUCGACUUUCCCGGUGCUCGAAAGUGCUAACGUAAUUUUGGGCUGUGCUAUUGUCUUCAGCUUGUGACUGUUUUAGCUGUAUUGCCUCCCUUUUUUAUAUUUUUUUAUUAAAAAAUAAAUCUGCACCUUUGUUUUGUCUAGUUUUGUAGUUGGUUUUUGUUAUACACUUGUGUGAAAUGUUGGAAUGUUGCUUUGAGAGAGGAGAGAGAGUGUCGCACCCAAGUGUGACAUUUUACUGUUUUAUCAUUGACUUAGAAACAUGGUCCAUUAGCUCAGAAAAAGGCUGAAAUUUGGUUUGCCUAGCUCAGUAAUUGUGUUCAAAAGUUGGUUUAUCUACUAGUGGCCAAAGAAUGCUCAUCAUUGUAAUUUUAGCUUAACGAAUUGACUACAUAGUUUAUAUUUAACUCAUGUUCUUUCACAUAUUGCAACGAACAUUUAUUCUAAGUCAGUUUUAGGUGUUAUCGACAUAAAAUGUGAUGGUCUAUAUUUUUCUACCAGUUUACAAAUCCAUUGUGUAGGUAUAUAUAGGUGGUUUUGUCAAAGAUACUCCCUUCCUGUUUUUCUGUUAAGGAAUUAUAUUUUUGCUAUGAAACUUUAAAAAAAAUUUAAUGAAAUAACAUAAAACAAUGUCAUCUAAUAAAGAAAUAAAUCCCAAACAUAAA